UAUUCCAAGAUUCUCUGGGAAUGAUGAUCCGAUGUCAGGCUCUAUUUAGGUGCCGGCAAAGAUAGCUCCGAGUCCUUAGUGCAGGACCGAGUUCAUUCGACGCAAUGCACGAGCGCUCCAAUGUUUCGACGCCUCGCUUUGUGCGAGGAUAUCCGAAGCCGGAUUCUAGAAUGGUGGCUCCGUUCACGAAACUCGAUAUCUUCCCGAAUUCUCAGCCAUGGAAUGUGAACCGGCCCAUACAAAAGCCUGCACGUCGUCGCGGUCUCGCCUGCCUCCCGUUCAUAUUUACAAUGCCGUCUGAAGCGCUCGACAGCUCGGAUUUCAGACCAUCAACACCCGGAAGCUCCGCUUCGACGUUCCUGGAUGCCUUACGCAGACGAACACUGCUAGACUUAUCCUGUAUGAGGGAGUUCUCCCUACUACGCACCAAGCCACUACCAGAGCGAAACCUUUCGCGUUUAUCUGUCAGCUCUACCUACGACAUGCACACGGAACAAUUGCAUCUCCAGCAAUUCGCCAAGCCUCAAAACUUUAAAAAAGAUACCGAGAUCCGCAAAGUAUCGCCAGUAAAGCGACAAACUCCGCGAGUCGUCCAUACACACCGUAAACUUUCAACUGCAAGAGAACAAUUCAACGAGUUUACUCGCACAAUCACCGCUUCUCCACCAGCCAAAGUCCCUCAUAAGCCUCAAAAACCGAAAUCCCAACCUGUACGACCUCGAACCGAGUCGAUUCCUACCGCUCAUAAACUUUCCGUAGCUGAGCAACAUGGGUUCCUCCAAGAACAGGAUUUAGCCACUCUAAUGGCAGCUACAGGCUAUUCUCGUGCAGAGUUAUUUGCACGUUGGGCUCGCUUUAAAGCGUUGUGCUCCAUGGCUACGAACCCGCACGGUGUAGACAAGGAGACACUACGUCAUGGAGUACCGCAACUUUCCGCCGAAGAUCAGUUCUUCGUCGAUCGCGCGUUUGAUGUACUUGAUACUGACGGCUCCGGAGCUCUCGACUGGCCGGAGUUUAUCGCUGCACUUAGUGCACUUGAGAAAGGAGACUCCUCUCGAAGGAUUGACUUCUUGUUUCACGCGUACGAUAUCAAUGGAGAUGGCUACAUCCAGCGACAGGAGGUGCAGAUGUUCUUCUUGGCCAGUUUACUAGUUCCACAGACGCCGGAAGCUAUCGAUGUGGCACGACAUUUUGUAGACAAGAUUUUCAUUUCUCUCGGACGAGAACAAAGCGACUCGAUCCGAGUGGAAGACGCUAUGAAUUAUCUGCAUCAACAUCCAGCCACUGAUGCAUUUAAUAUUCUGGGACGUACAAUGGUAGCCACACCACCUUCAACCCCAGCUCCGUUAGGGAUCCGACCCAGGAGGAAACUCAUACGCGAAGAUCAGGAUACAAAGACUGAACUUGAAGAGACAAGUUGAUAAUCCCGAAUUUGAUAUGAUAGUUUAUUGAUCUUCAUACUCCGAAGUCGUUAAUUCGUUCCGUCUCGGCGCCAUUGGCUGUCAUAAACAUCAUAUGCACGUUAAGAAACAAUCAUAAAACACGAUGAGCAAACGCCGAACUUACCACGCCCCUGUUUCCAUCAUAUUGCUGAAUGUUGCGGAAAUUCUUGUCAGACGCGAAGUGGUUCCGUGCUCGAGGUGGAGAUCGAGUUAUAGCUUCCCAUACUUGUUGCUUCUUAGUCGACGGACAUUGUCGUAUAUGAGCUUUUGGUGAGAUAGAUAUAGCUGUUCGCUCAUUGUCGGAAUCUUUUUGAACCUUGAAUGCUACGUGCUUGCGAUGUGGACUAGCUUUGAUUGGAGACACGACAGGGAUAACUGGUAACCUGUACGAGUCUUCGUUGCUGGAUAAAUCUCUGGCUGCUGUUCGGACAGGAGAGAAGGGCAUUUGACCUUUGUUUGUAUCGGUAUCGUCGAACGCUGUGCUGUAGUUAUGAAGGUGAAGGCGCGAGUUGCGGCUUGGAUUUCUUCGAGGCCCUCGCUUUUCAAUACCGCGUACAACCGCACUCACCCCGACAGCUAAACGCGACGAGUCUAGUUGGGG